AUAUACUCAAAUUGUAUGACUUCUAUUUAAUAACAUUCUUCAGCAGAAAGGCCAUAAGAGUAAUAAAAGAAUAAUAGUUCAACAUCAUCAAAAGACUCAGACUCAGAUGACUCUGCUUAUGAUUUUGCAAGGGAUUUGAACCAAAAGUCUUCAAUAAAGAGAACUCCUGAGGAAGAAUAGGAAUUUCUGUGUAGAUAUAAAGGUAUAGUGUAUUAAUAAAUUGAAAAAGGUAAGCAUGGAUUAAAGUACUAGAAAAUAUCAGAUGAACAGCGAUAAAAACUUAUUAAAUAAGUAACAACAACAGGUUGUACAAUAAAAAGUGCUGCAAGAGAUUUAAAUAUUAAUUUUUCAACAGCAAAGGCUAUUUUACAGAUUUUUAGAAAAGAAGGAAGAAUAUCUAAAAAAAUGAAAAGGGAUAAGACUUAGAAAGAAUUAGUAAUACCUGAGAUAGUAAUUUAAGGUAAUUGUAAGAGUUUUAAAGAAUUAGUAGGGUUAACUAAAGAGUAAUAAUGCUAAUAGAGAUAAAAUAGUGUAUAAGAUAAUUUAGAUACAAUUCAUUUUUAACAUGUGGAGGAGUAAAAUAGAAAUCAAGCUAUUUUAAUAUAAUAAUUAAAUUCAUAAGUAAUAAACUUUAAAUAAAUUUUAGAAUAUAUAUUUAUAAGGGAGAGUCAAUUAAUUAUAACAAGAGAAAUAAUAAUUGAAUUAAAAUUAUUCCUAUUUGACUUUUCAGUAUAAUCAAUUGUAACAAAUGGUAUUAAAAUAAUAAUAAAUUGUUAGGUUAGAUAAGUAAUGCCUCAAUAUCAUCAUCCAUAUUAAAUUUGA